AUGACCAAGAGGACUAACGUCCAGCGAGCAACUCCCAAGGCUGCGGUUCCCGGCGCUGAGGAGAAGGCAGCCAUUUCUCCGCCCUGGGAUCACCUGGGAGCGCAGAGGGCGAGCCUGCUUGGCCCGGGGGCUGCCUGGGGGCCCAAGCCCAGGUCCACGGCUGGAGGGGAGAGCGGCUGCAAGCCCUUCCCGGCAGAGGCGCUGCCCAGGCCCCCACCGGGAUGGGGCCUCGUGCGCGCCUCGCAGGCCGGUUGCCGCAGGCGACGGCCGUGCCCACCGCAGGAAGGCCCGCCCGAAGCCGUCCGCGCACCGCAGCGCAUUUUCAGUGCCUGCGCGGAGAGGGCGGCGCUGGGCGGUGGCAAGGCCUCAGGCCCGUGGGAAGGCCGGAGCGGUGCCCCGGCCUUUGAGCUCGUCUCUGUGGGAGCCAUAUUGGUUUGUUACGUUAGGCUCCCCAUGCAGGAUCCCCACAACAACAGCCCCGUGGAGGAGGUGAGCCCGGGGGCCCUGGCUGCCCGGAGUCCCCCAGGGAGCUCCGCCACGGCUGAGCCAGGACUCGAACCGGCAACUGCCUCGCGCCAGCGCUCCCACCGUUGCACCACGCCAGCAAUAUCUUUUAUUACUACAAAUAUGCCUGUCUAUACUUACAACGCAAAGGGAGAUCUGAUUGCAGAUUACCCGUAUAUUCAGGACAACUGCUACUACAGCGGAUUCGUGGAAGGGGCCGGAGACUCCCAGGCCGUCCUCUCGACCUGCCGUGGGCUUUGGGGACAUGUGGAAAUUGGGAGUUUAAGUUAUGAAAUUGAACCUAUUGAGAAUUCUCCUACAUUUCAACACCUUAUUUAUCGAAAGACUCCAGAGCCGCGCGAACCUUGCAGAGGGGUUGUUGAAGGCAGAGCAGAUUUGACAAGUGAACUCAUAGAACUGAGAAUGGUUGAUGCUGACGACCCGGUUCCUCCUCUCGCGGACGAACAUGAUGCCGAUCACUAUACAUCUAACAGAUAUCUAGAAUAUUAUGCUGUGGUUGACAGAAGCACGUUCGUUGCCAAUAAGUGCAAUGAGACCCGGCUGGUAUUGAUCAUGCUCCUUAUGAUGGUGGAUGUUCACAGUGUGUUUUUGCCGUUAGGUCUCCGUAUUUAUUUGGUUGGUCUGGAACUGUGGACCGAGAGAGACUACAUACCAAUCAGCAGGAAAAAUCUUGGCACAACUAUGAACGCAUUUUACAAAUACGCGCAUUAUGAGCUUCGGCACCGUGUCCAUUUUGAUCACGCUGCCAUAAUUACGGCUAAAGGGGACCCUGCUGGACUCGCCUGGGGAGACCGGUUCUGCCUUCACUCCCACGUUUCAGUGUCUGCCGUGCGUACGCACGUGGACCCCGAGUCUGAUGCCACGGUCAUGGCGCACGAGCUGGGCCACUCGUUUGGCUUUGGGCACGACGACACGCCAGCCGGCAAAGCCCGGGGCUGCGACUGCGGCUGCUCCAUGCUCGGCAGCUGCCUCAUGGCGGCGGCAGGCCCCGGGAAAUGUAAAAGACUGAGCAACUGUAGCAGGAAGGUCUAUUACAGUACCAUAAGCAAACCAGGAAAGGAAUGCUUGCUUGACAUACCUGCCAAAAUAUUCCGGAAGGAAGUGUGCGGAAAUGGCAUCAUUGACGACAGCGAAGAGUGUGACUGUGGCCGCAACGAGGACUUGGAGGGAACUGGAAUCUUGAAAUUUUUCACAAAACCUUCUGGGGAAAAGUGGCCAUCUCAGAACCAGGGCGAAGCGACAGUCAGCCAAGCAUUAACGAACGACAACUUUCCAUCGCUCAAAGGGUCCAGUGAGUGCAGAAGGAAUGGCUGCUGCCAGGACUGCAAAUUCAAACCAGGCACUGACUGUCUCCAUGGGCCCUGCUGCGAGAACUGCAAGUUUUCGAAAGGGGGAACUGUGUGCAGAGAAAGCGCUACAGAGUGUGACCUUCCGGAGUACUGCAGCGGCACUUCUGCCGACUGCCCCCGAGACGUGUAUAAACAAGACGGGAUGCCGUGUAGGAACAAUAACCACUGCUUCCUGGGUAAUUGCCUGGAUCUUGAGAGCCACUGCAACACUCUCUUUGGUGAAGCCAUUGUUCUGGAAGUAGCUGCGCAGCCGAGCGCUUGCAGGCAGCGAAAUGGAAGCUGGGGGGCCUCGAGGAACAGGCGGGGCAGCAUUUUCUCUAGUGCGAGUAAUUCCCUGGAGCAUUUAGUGAUUUCGCUGCGCCGAAGGCCCCGGUGCCUCUUUUGGGGCUUUUUGGGUUUCGCUAGUUCUUCUUUUUCACCUGUUUCUCCUUCACUGUCUGCAGGUACCAAACCAGCCCCGCUGAGCUGCUUCAAGGAGCUGAACAUGCGGGGCGACCGGUCGGGCAACUGUGGUGAGGAGGGACAAAAAUACAAGAAAUGUAGCGAAGAGAAUGUCUUGUGUGGCAGGGUCCAGUGCACUCGCGUUGACAGAAUCCCCAAAAUGUCAGCCGGACAAGGCAUCGUUCAGACGGUGGUGGGGAAUACACUGUGCUGGGGUACAGAGUUCCACCUUGGGUACGACGUUCAUGAUCUCGGAGCUGUGAGAGACGGCACCAGCUGUGGCCCGGACAAGAUCUGCUUAAACAGAACGUGUGUUGACCUGGCAGUUCUGAAUUACGACUGUGAUUUCUCAGACUGUAACAACCACGGGGUCUGCAACAGCAAGAGGAACUGCCACUGCUUUUACGGGUGGGCCCCUCCCUCCUGCACCGGCAGGGGAUACGGGGGAAGCAUCGACAGCGGCCCCCCUCCAGUUUCUCGGAUUUCCACGAGUAUCGUCGUUGGCCUGGCCACCCUGGCUGCGCUGGCUGUCUUCGUGCUCGGUCUUCUGGCCGGUUCGCAAAGAGAAAGGCUGCAGGGCUGUUUUGCAAGAGUGAUCCCCUUCAAAACACCAUCACUAUCAGCAGAUACAGGACCAGUGAAAAGCUAAACCUCUGAAGGGGCGCAUCACUGGAGAGCCGACAGGCAGACCUUGCUGUAACUUCUCCCGUAUAGAUAGAUGCUGCUGCUAAGGAGCAGAACAGUCCUUCGGAUACCUGAAGAAUCACAGAAAUAGCUCCCAGGAGGGUGGGGGUGCAGCCAUGCCCAGGGCCCCUGAAUUCGUGCCGUAUGUUUCUCUUCUGUUGGCUGGAUGCUGUUUUCUUGCUUUG